AUGUGGAAGAAGUCGAAGAUGGCGGAUCAGACUGCUACUGGGCAGGUGGGAAUCAAGAAGAAAUCAAGAGUUCCUGGUGUCAUGAUAACACAGUUUGUGGAGGAACUGCCAGAGGGAAAGAGCACUCCAGACUUCACCCGGAAACCCAUUGCCUUAACUAUUCAGGAGGGUAAAUUGGCCACCUUCAAAGCCAUUGUGACUGGAGAUCCAACACCCACUGUAACAUGGACCCGAAACAAUGGAGAUGUUUCUGACCCAAACCUUUACCAAACUAAAUAUGACCCAACUACUGGUGAACACACGAUUUCGAUGCCCAAUGUGCUGCCAGAGCAAGCAGACACCUAUAAAUGCUUUGCUACAAAUGAGUUUGGAAAGGCCAUAGUCACGGUCAUCCUGAAUGUCAUUGAAGUGGGAUAUAAGAAGAACAAGGCGAUGCAAGAGAAGCGAGCAAAGGACGCAGAGAUAAAAACUGCACUCAAGAGACGACGUCCUGUGCUACCUAAACCUGAAGGGAAAGGACCUAAGCUAGAUGAAAAGUUCUGGGAGCUGUUGCUGAGUGCAGAUAAGAAGGACUAUGAACGUAUCUGCGCUGAGUACGGGGUCACUGACUUCCGCUGGAUGCUCAAGAAACUGAAUGAAAUGAAAAAACAGAGAGAAGAGGAACAAGCACAGUUCAUUAAAAGCCUCAGUAACCUGAGACCUGUUGAAAUUAGAGGAGAUGGAACAGCAUCAUUUGAAUUUGACAUGGACCUCAUAGACCCCAGCAGCAGGAUUUUCAUCUACAAGGACGGCGAAAUGAUUCCUUACACAAAGGAACUGGAUAUGGAAAUGAAGCAUGGGCUGAAGCAGAUUGGGAAGAAAUACGUGUUCACCAUAAGAGAUCUUCUGCCGGAUGAUGCGGGAUUCUACCAGGUUGAUGUUGAGGAUGUCAACAUCUUUUCCACUGACUUUAAGAUUCCCAUGGUUGAUUUCCUUGUGAAGCUUCAGGAAGUGAAGGCCAUGGAGAGAGAGGACGCUGUCUUUGAGUGUGUUUUAUCCCACCCCUUUUCCAAAAUUAUGUGGAUGGGUAAGAACAGUCCCCUGGAGCAAGGGGAGAAGUAUGACAUCACAGUGUCUGAGGACAAGCUCAUCCACAGAUUAGUGGUGAAGGACUGUAUGCUGGUGGAUAAAGGCAUCUAUGCAGCUGUGGCUGGCAUCAAGUCCUGCAGUGCCUGGCUUGUAGUAGAAGCUGACAAUGAUCCAAAUCUGUACGGCAAAAAGAAAACUAGGAAAACCACCCAGGCUGGAGGGUCAGGGGUCGACCUGCAGAAAAUCGCCCAGGAGCAGAAGGCAAAACUGCAGAAGCAGAAGGAGGAGCGAACAGAACCUCCCAAAAAAGAAGAGGAGCAGCCCCGGGGAGAUGGGGGAGAUGGGAAGGAUGGAUCUGGACAGAGCUGUGAGCCAGCACCGGACAGUUCAGGAGGCGACGGGUCUGGAGAAGCGGUCUCUGGGGGAGAGAGCCAGGGUGAUGGGGAAAAAGUCAUUCCUGUACCAGAAACCAGCACAAAGAGCAAACCUCAUUUUACCAGUGGACUGACAGAUACCACUGCUGGCAGAGGUCAGCCAGCAGAGCUGUCCUGUAAACUGAGCAGUGAAGACUGGGAAGGAGUCUGGUCCAAAGAUGGGGAAAAGCUGUCAUCCUCAGAUGCAUUGGCCAUCGCUAAAGAUGGGGCCAGCCACAAGAUCACGAUUCACAGUUGCAAAGACAGCGAUGCGGGGCAAUACCAGUUUGAAGUUGAGGGAUGCAAAACAGAAGCAAAGCUCACUGUGGGAGACCCACCUAUGUUUGACAUCGACGAACUGCACAGGUUCUCCAAGCCUGUGAUUGUGCGAGUUGGUCAAAACGCGACAUUCAAGAUGGCGUUUUCGUGCCAGGAUCAGGUGGAGGUGAACUGGUUCAAGAACUGUGAAUUGCUGCGGGAUGGUGGCAGUGUCAAGAUGGUAAAAGAGCCCAUGCACAGUCGACUACUCCUCAGAGAGUGUCUGCGCACAGACACUGCAGAAAUCACGAUCCAGCUUAAGAACGAAUUCGGCAGCAUUGAGGCUAAAACCAAACUCAUUGUGCUUGACAAGCCAGGUCCACCGCAAGGCCCGGUAGAGGUCAUUGAUGCAUCAUCCACACUACUAGAGAUUAAGUGGGGUCCCCCAAAGGAUGAUGGUGGCUCCCCAGUGACAAAUUACAUAGUUGAGCGUCAACAAAUUGGACAAGGGACCUGGAGGAAGCUGGGGGAGAUCCCUGCAGACCCCACCAGCUACAGGGACAGGAAUGUGUCCCAUGGCAGAAGGUACAGCUACCGUGUCAGUGCCGUGAACGCAGAGGGUACCAGUGAACCUAUGGAGACGGAGUACAUCAUGGCGGGCACAUUGGUAUUCCCUGGUCCACCAAAUCCACCUAAAGUGGUCAGUGCGUUCAAGAACUGCAUCAAUCUGGCGUGGACUGCCCCUGAUGACACAGGAGGAACCAAAAUUGUGGGCUACAUCUUGGAGAAACGCAAGAAGGACACUACUCAAUGGGUUGCUGUGAACCCUCCUAAUGAGCCUAUUGAAGAUGAGAAGUAUGCAGUGAAAGAUGUCAUUGAGGGAAUGGAAUAUGAGUUCCGUGUGGCAGCAGUCAAUGCUUCUGGGGCUGGCGAACCCAGUGCACCUUCUGCCCUUGUGUGUGCAAAAAACCCAGACAUGAGGCCACGUUUCAAAAAUCCUGAAGAUUUCAUGGUGGUGAGAGCAGGAAAUUCGGUGCGAGUCAAAAUCAACUACGAGGCUUCUCCUCCACCAGAAAUAACUUGGCUGAAGGAUGGUGAGCCUGUGUCCCCAUGGAUCAACAUUAUAAACAUUGAGGGAACUUCCCAGCUCGUAGUCCCCUCAUCAAAGCGUUCUGAUUCAGGGAUCUACACCAUCAUAGCCAAGAAUUCAGUUGGCCAGGCCAGCUUUGAUGUUGAAGUCAGAGUAACAGAUGAGCCCAAGAAACCAGGUCCAGUGGAGCUGGAGCAGAUCGUGCAUGGCAAAGUGAUCGUGUCCUGGGCACCAUCUCCAGACCAGGAACUGGAUGACCGGCUGCACUACAUGGUAGCUGAGCAUGACUCCAACACACGUGUUUGGAAAACCGUGGCUGACCGUCUCACGACCACCAGCUACACUGCUGUCAACAUCAUGUCAGGACAGGAAUACCACUUCCGCGUGUACGCCAAGAACGACAUGGGCCUCUCCGAACCCUCCGAAUCACCAACCUGGGGGAUGAACAGCUACAAAAUGUCAGUGGCAGUGAAUACGCCGACAGCCAUCAGCUUCGAAAGACCACCAUCUAUCCUCGUCCCCUUGAAAGUCCACACCCACCCGAAUGGCUACCAGUGCUACAUGACCUGUGCAGUGAGCGGGUGUCCCACCCCUCAUGUCACAUGGUAUCUCAACAACACCAGCCUAGAGUCAAAUCACAACUACUACAUCACCAAUGCAUAUGGCGUCUGCUCAAUGUACAUCCUCAGGGUCUCGCCCGAGGACAAUGGGGAGUACAGAGUUGUCGCAGUCAACUCCCUCGGCAAGGCAGAAUGCUCCACCAAACUCACAGUCAAAGCCAUCAACAACCACCAUGCUAUCAACUCUUAG